AACAUAAACCCUUGAAAACAAAGCAAACCAAGUAAGUAGCAACAACAAGAGUUUUAGACACACACAACCCAAGAGAAGAAGAAUGGAAGAUGUGAUAACAGAAGCAGCACCACCUUCAAGACUACUAGAAGAAGACCUCAACACUUUCACACCACCUUCACCACCUCUCCCAUCACCCUUCCUCAUCUUCCCCCACCACCAACAACAACAACCCCUCAAACCCACCCUCCUCAUCAUAGCAAUCUCAUCCUCCUCCCUCUCCCUCUUCCACUCCCACCUCACCCCCCAAACCCUAACCGCCUCCCUAAUCCUCCCCGAAUCCAACACCUUCCUCGACCUCCACUCCCUCUCCCCCACCUCCCUCCUCGCCGCCGUCCGCACCCCCAUCCCCGCCCACCGCGCCGUCGCCGUCGCAAAACUCCUCCUCGGCGACAAGAUCAAACCUAGCUCCGUCAUCGUCCUCGACUCCCUCGAUCCACGCCACCACCGCGGUCGCCUCUCGUCGGAUCUCCCCAUCGCCUUCAAGCUCGAGAGCUCCGCCGAGAGGGCGGUAAAGGAGAAGCUGCUGCUGGGCGAGUUGGAGUACUACCCCUCCGGCAGCAUCGUGGAAGGGUUGGCCGCCGCGAUUCUGGCGCGGUGCCAGAUUUUGAAACUUAGGGCGAGCUUGUGUGUCUCUUGGCCUCAAUUUGACGCUUCUGCGGUGUUGUUGGUUAAGGAUUUGCUUCAGCGCGGGGCGUUGCGCGGGUUCGACUUCGGAUUGAGCGAUGAUCAGGCUUUGAAAUUUGGGAGGAGCAAGGAUAGUGAAUUCCCAUCUCACUUGUAUAUUUGAUUAUGCUUUAAUUUUGUGUGUAACUUUUAGAUUGUUAUAUCAAUGUUUUGAUGCAUUAGGCUUGUGUUACAUUGAGAUGUUUAUGUGUGCUUUUAUGGUUGAUAUGAUUUUUAGUUGUGAUUGAUUUGUGGAUGGCUAUGGAAAUUUGCAAUGUUCUGAAUUGACUAUAGAGAACUGUGUUACACGCUGCGAAA